AUGAUCAACUGGCACGCUUCAACAUGCCGUCGACCAGAUGUUCAAUUCCUAGACGAUCUAGAAGCUCCAACGUGCUUCAACUGCGGAGAAAUUGGAAUGAUCGAUGAAAACGAGACGUUGGAGAACACCGUCGGAAACGCUCUCGAGACAUCAUCACGAGCCGAAUUCAGCCUCUGUUGGCCAUCAUCCCUCCCGUAUGUGCAGGAAACGUCCGCAACAGGCGGCUUGACGGAGACGGCCCCCAUCCCUAAUGACAACGUUGGGAAGCAAGCAGGCGAGAGGACGAAACUGCUGAAUAUAAACGACGGUGUGCCUAAAGAGACGCAGAUGUCCUUAUACGAGCCUCUGUCUGCGCGCAGAAUCCGCUUGCUCAGCCUGCUCCCUGGCUCCUACCAUGAUCCGCUUCGUUGCGAGCUACGCACCGUCGAUUUGCAGUUCAAACCGGAAUACGAGGCGGUCUCAUACACGUGGGCUGGCGAAAAUGGAGACGCAUCUAGGUCAAAGAGAUUAUACGUGGGAAAACGGUAUGACAUUCUCGCCAUCACGAACAACUGUGCCAACGCCCUUCGACGGCUUCGUUACGUUCACCACAGCAGAGACCUUUGGCUAGAUGCUGUCUGUAUCAACCAAGACAACAACAACGAGAGAUCUCAUCAGGUCGGCAUCAUGCGAAACAUUUAUGCAAUGGCCAAGAGGGUUCUCAUUUAUCUCGGUGAAGAUCCAACAGAUCCCGAGCCACAGGUUACCGCUCCGUGGACAUACGCAGCGAAAGGAAACAGCAUCGAGCUAAGGGAAGAUAUGACAAAACUGUCCUACUUCACCAGAAUGUGGGUCGUACAAGAAGUUGCCUCUGCCCGAUGCGCAUGGGUUCUCUACGGAUCGAGAGGGGCCAAGUGGGAAGACUUUGUCAGACCUCCACAUUACUUCAAUAACUCUGCAUUGGUACCAGUACAUUGCAACUACGAGCUAUUGGCAAGCUCUCAUCCUUGGCUUCAACUUGCGGUCCAGCCCAAAGUCAGAGGGGUUCAUGAGCUUUACGAGCUCAUGAUCAAAACAACAAGCUGCCAGGCGACAGAUUCUAGGGACAAGGUCUUCGCUUUACUCGGUCUUUUGACUGGGACGCGGGAGCCUGGGCUGGUUCCCGACUACUCUUUGAGUCGUGGCCAAGUUUUCGCCGGUCUCACAGCCUUCAUCCUCAAGGAAAAUACCGAGAGUCUGUGGCGUAUUUUCGCAAUGAGUUCGAGCCCCUGGGACGCGAUCAAGCUGUCAUAG